AUGGCAGAGGGCUCUUACACUGGCUCAUCUGGCUUCUUCAAUCCCGCUUCGUACACCCGCCACUUUCUCGGCUCACCCAUCUCAUGGCUUGCUGGCUCGUUUGGCGUUGGUUCCUUUGGCGGCGGUCGCUUUCCCAUGGGUUCGCCAACUGCUCAACUGCUCAGCUCGAUAGAUCCGAAUGAAUUUAGAGCAGACGGGUCUAUCCUCAAUGCACUCAACGUAUUUGACCGAGAUAGAGAACUCCUAAACGAUCUUCAUGCCCUGUUGGAGCAUUUUGAGGAAGUGCACAUCGUCGUCCUCGAUCCGACCGCACCCCAGCCCCAGGCUCACAUCCAGAUCCCCUUCUAUCCGCAGUCCCAUGACUCGGAUCCUUCGACAUCUCAUCACAACAACAAACCUACACCAUGUCCUCCUUACCACCAACAACGCAACCAACAACAACCGUAUCCAGCUUCGUUUGAUGCUGACGAUAUGGAAUUAGAGUUGGAUUUAGACAAUUCUACCCAACCACCACCCCCUCCUACACCAAGUCAGUCAAGCUCUCAUUCAUCUCCUUCAUCGGGCGCUCCCUCUCCUCCAGAUACGCCCAUAUCCACUCCUUUGUCAGCCUAUCCAUCACCUCACGCCUUUAUUCCCCACCAUCUGCCUCAACACAGCCACGUCUCGGCGUAUAUCUCACAACCCUCCUCACCUUUGUCAAACUACGACAACAGCGUCUCCUCCACGCGCCACUCUUCGCCCACAGCAAGCACGCAACGGCCGAACCUCAACCUCAACCUCUCCUCCUUCCCACGUUCACACCUAAACUCCCCUGCACUCGUCCCAAACCCCGAGGAGGUAUUCAACCCUUACGCCCGCUUCUCCUCCGACUACUCCUCCUGCAUGCCAGGCGCCCAAUUCAACGGCGCCAAUGUUGACGAAGCCAGCGCGUUGCACGGAGUAUCACCUACGCACUGGCAAGUUGUCCAAGAACAGCAGAAUCAACAAAAUCAGGGUCAAUGCGUCCCUCCUGCCCUUCUCUUCUCCAGCAGCGCGUCUGUCACACCCUCCAGCACCCCUGGCGGCUCGCGCGUUCCGAGUCCGACGACGUACCACCACCCGCUGGCCAACGCAGCACAAAGUCCGAUCUCGUCCGUACCGGCUUCUCCAGCCCCAAAGUCACACACUGCGCCUAAUAGCGGUGCGUCUACGCCUGUGAGAACUUCGAGCGCCACAGCAGGCGCUACGCUCUCCCGCCCUGGCAGUUCUUUAUUGUUAUCCAAGCCCUUCCGGUGCCCCAAGCCGAACUGUAAUAAAUCGUACAAGCAGGCGAAUGGGUUGAAGUACCAUAUGACGCAUGGGAGCUGCAACUUUGCGCCUCCGAAGGAUUUGGAGCAUGUUAAGGAUCUUUUGGAGCGGAAGAGGAGGGAUAAGGAGAGGGAGGCUGGGUUGACUAGGAGUGCUAGUUGUGGGAGUGCCCUUGGCCCUGCUGCUCCUCCUUCUACCAACGAGGUGAUGAAUGAACAAGGCGUGUUGACCUAUGGCGAACUGGGGAAUAUCUCUGAAACGGAGCUAAGGGAGGUGGAGAAGGAGGCUGAGAAGCGAUUGAGGCCAUUUGCGUGUGGAGUGGGCGAUUGUCAGAGGCGGUAUAAGAAUAUGAAUGGGUUGAGGUAUCAUUAUCAGCAUUCGGGCGAUCAUGGUGCUGUUGGGCUUGCGCUGCUUGCGAGUGGGCAGCAUGAGUGUUUGCAGCAUGGGGCGCAGAAACGUCAACAGCUCCAACAACAACAAGGAGGGGGAGGGGCAGGGACGGAAGCGGAGAGGGAGGGGAGGAAGAGGUUUUUAGGCUGUGGGAAGGGGAGCGCGAGCGUUCCUGUUAGUAGGGCUGGGAGUGCUAGUCGGACGGGGACGCCUUCUUUGCCGCCGGUUACGGUGCAUUAUUCGACUGGGACGACGCCGACGGGGGUACCGCCUACUACGGCGAUGACGACGCCUAUUCAGGCUACGCCUGUUCAGCCUUUUCCUUCGAAUGGGGUGAAUGGGAAUGGCGUGGUGUCGACGCCUGCUUCGCCUACGUUUACGGCUCAACAGCAACAGCAGCAACAGCAACAGAUGGCGUAUCAGUAUGCGCAUGUUCAUGCGCAGAUGCAGAGACAGUAUGCGGUUAUGCAGCAGCAGCAGGCGCAAGUCCAGGCUCAGCAGCAGGCGGCGCAACAAGCCCAACAACAGGCGCAACAACAGGCGGCGCAGGUUCAAGCUCAACAACAGGCGGCGCAACAACAAGCCCAAGUUGCACAAGCGCAACAGCAAGCGCAGAUCGCACAUCAAGUACACAUGCAGAGUUCAUCGCCACAUAUGCAUGUGGCUUCCCCACACCAACAAGUCCACUCGCCACAGUCGCCGUCGAGGUAUUCGCAUUCGCCUAGGCAUUCGCAUUCGUCUUCGCAGGGGUCUGAUUCGUCGUAUCAUGGUGAGGCUCAGCAGGGGCAGCAGCAGGGAUUUGGUGAUCACCAGCAGCAGGGGUUUGGGGACCAGCAGCAGCAGGGAUUUGUUGGGCAGCAAGCUCAACAACAGGGAUUUAUUGAGCAACAGCAAAACUUCGUUGAUCAGCAACAGCAAAAUUUCGUUGACCAGACUCAACAGCAGCAACAACAGCACUUUACGGACACCCAUUUUGCGGCGUUGUAUGCGCAACAUCAGCAGCAGUUGUAUGCUGCUGCUGGUGGUCAUGCGAUGGAUAUGUCUUGA